GAGAAUCCCAGUUCCUGCCGGGCGUCAAGCAGGGAAGGGGCCUCCUCUCCUUUCUCUCCCGGCUUUCAGGGAGGUGAGGACCUUGGUGUGAGAGGACGGGUCAGAUCCUAUCUGAAGGAACCACGCCUUGGCGACAGAGAGAAGAGUCCCGGGUCCUCCCAGGAGUCAAGAUGAGUGAGCUCCGCCAGGCUGUGGAAGACCUUCAGGACCCAAGAGACGCCCAGGGCCUGGUGGAUGUGCAGCAGCUGGAGGCUGAGCAGGAGGGGGCCGCAUCCCCCCGGUACCCCUGCUCCUCCUCAGUCUCCUCUUCCUACUCUGCCGGUGCCGAGUCCCUGCGCCAAGGUGCAGAGCUUUCAAUGAUGGCUGACCUGGUGAGCUUCCUGCUCCUCAAGUAUCACCGGAAGCAGCCGACCACCAGGGCAGAAAUGCUGAGUAUCCUCAGAGAAUACCAGGACCACUUCCCUGCGGUCUUCAGCCAGGCCUCUGAGUGCAUGCAGCUGGUCUUUGGGGUGGAUGUGAAGGAGGUGGACCCCAAGGAGCACUUGUACAUCCUGGUCCCCACCCUGGGCCUCACCUGUGAUGGGAUGCAGGGUGGUGAGCAGAGCAUGCCCAAGAACGGCCUCCUGGUGAUACUUCUGGGUGUCAUCGUCCUGGGGGGAGGGGGGGUGCCUGAGGAAGAGGUGUGGGGAGCACUCGGUGUCAUGGGGGUGUAUCCUGGGAGGGAGCACUUCAUCUACGGGGAGCCCAGGGAGCUGAUCACCAAAGCGUGGGUGCAGGAGGGGUACCUGGAGUACCGGCAGGUGGCCAACAGCGAUCCCGCUCGCCACGAGUUCCUGUGGGGGCCCCGGGCCCACGCGGAGACCAGCAAGCUGCAAGUCCUGGAGCAUUUGUUUAGACUCAACAGUGAGGGUCCCAUUUCCUUCCCGUCCCUGUCUGAGGAGGCCGUGAGCAAUGAGGAAGAGGGGGCCUGAGCCAGACUUGCAGCCGCGCUCCUUCCAGGCCCCUGUCCAGCAGCUUCUCCUGCCGGGCAGGAAGGGAGCCCAUCCUUCACCCUGUGUUUGCAGAGCGAGCAGUCAGCCUUGGAAGGAGUGAGGGCCCGGGCCAGCUCGGGGGGCACGGCGUACAGCAUCUCUGGGCUCCUCCCGUCCUUUACGUGGACCACAGGCCGGCUCUACUUCUCCGUCAGGCGGAUCCUAGGCCCACGACUCCACCUUCCCCGGCCCGGGCCGGGCCUUCCCUGCCACCUGCCCCGGGUCAGACGGGAAGAGUCCACGGCGCUGCGCCGCAGAGCGCUCAGCACCGCCAAGGGACGGCAGGCGCCCUCCGACCUGCUCGAACUGUCGCAGUGA